CCACCAUGACACUAUUGCAGCCUAGUUCGGCUGAGAAGACCAUUCGCAAAACCCACAUCGCUCAGGUAUCCUUAAAUCUGCGGUAUCGAUUAGGCCUGGCCAAACUCAAAUACCAACAUGGUCCGCUUCACGGCUUGUACUCGAGCCAGCCCUUGGAUAGCGACAAGCCCCUAGACAUCUCGUUGGAGUCUCUACGCAGUCGUUGCGGAACCCUAUUGACUUCUCCGCCUCUCCGAGCCUCGACCUACCAGGAACCACCUCGAUCAGCCCGCAACAAGCAUGCAUUCUCCCUCAACUCUCCAGUGAUGCAGCCGAUGAGUUUUGCCAGCCGCAAGCGUCUUCAGUCGGAUUCAGCCUCGGUGCGCCCUAAAAAGGCACCCCGAGUCUCGCGGAAGAGCUCUUACCAGCUGGCAAACUCUUCUCCUGGCACGAAGGGGCAUCUUACAGCCUUUAUGGCUGCGGCCUCAAUUCCAGAAACACCGUCUGUCUUUCAUCAACCGUCUGACGAAGAAACCGAUUCUGAGCUGCCGCUGCCCAGUCACCAGAAUGCGAGCUCGACGAUAGGCUCCUCUCCGCCACUAAUUUCUCCCCGAAAGCACUCACGAUUGGCACGAACCGGCCGGUAUAUUGAAGAAGCGAAUAGGUCAGACUUGCCACCGUAUAUUGUGGACUCCCCCACCCCAGCCCAGGUAGUUGGAAGCAAUCAGGUCUUCCCCCCUUCCAUUCCUCCAAGUCAGCAUGCAGUCUUGCCAUCAAAGACUCCCACACUAGGUGGCGGCAUGUUUGCGACCCUAAGAACUUCGAGCCCGCAGUUCAAUUUCGCCGAUUUCGUGAAUCUGACUCCCAGCCCGACACAGGCAUCUUGGGACACCCGCACGCCUGGCAAUGCCCUUCUUAUCCCUACCACCACCAAGGAGACCCGAAAAUAA